GCUUAAGUCCCUGCAUCAAGCGCAGGCGGGUUUCUCCUGCUGGCCACCUAUCCCGGAAGCUGAGGCUCACUUGGUGGCUAGCCCGGCUAGCUGGGAAGCCAUACCACCCUCUUACCCUCUGUGCCGAGGACAAUGGCAGCUUCCUGUAUCCUCCUACAUACUGGGCAGAAGAUGCCCCUGAUUGGACUGGGCACCUGGAAGAGCGACCCUGGCCAGGUUAAAGCAGCUAUUAAGUAUGCCCUCAGUGUAGGCUACCGCCACAUUGACUGCGCUGCUAUCUAUGGCAAUGAGACUGAAAUCGGGGAAGCCCUGAAGGAGAAUGUGGGACCUGGCAAGUUGGUGCCUCGGGAGGAGCUCUUUGUGACUUCCAAGCUGUGGAACACAAAGCACCACCCCGAGGAUGUGGAGCCCGCCCUCCGGAAGACACUUGCUGACCUGCAGCUGGAGUAUCUGGACCUGUACCUGAUGCACUGGCCUUACGCCUUUGAGCGAGGAGACAGCCCCUUCCCUAAGAAUGCUGAUGGGACUAUACGCUAUGACUCCACCCACUACAAGGAGACCUGGAGGGCUCUGGAGGCACUUGUGGCUAAGGGGCUGGUGCGGGCUCUGGGCCUGUCCAACUUCAACAGUCGGCAGAUUGACGAUGUGCUCAGCAUGGCCUCUGUGCGCCCAGCUGUCCUACAGGUGGAAUGCCACCCAUACCUGGCUCAGAAUGAGCUGAUUGCCCACUGCCAAGCACGAGGCCUGGAGGUGACUGCUUAUAGCCCUCUGGGCUCCUCUGAUCGUGCAUGGCGUGAUCCUGAGGAGCCUGUCCUGCUUAAGGAGCCAGUGGUCCUGGCACUGGCUGAAAAGCAUGGUCGGUCUCCAGCUCAGAUCUUGCUCAGAUGGCAGGUCCAGCGGAAAGUGAGCUGCAUCCCCAAGAGUGUCACGCCUUCCCGUAUCCUUGAGAACAUCCAGGUGUUUGACUUCACCUUUAGCCCAGAGGAGAUGAAGCAGCUGGAUGCCCUGAAUAAAAAUUUGCGAUUCAUUGUGCCCAUGCUUACGGUGGAUGGGAAGAGGGUCCCAAGAGAUGCAGGGCAUGCUCUGUACCCCUUCAAUGACCCAUAUUGAGACCACAGCUUCCUGGCUUCCUUUUCAUCUCUCCACAGAAAGGAGUUAAUAAAACCCUUGGAGUAUCCAUC